UCUUUGAUUUUCCUCUUUUAUAUUUUUUUUUCAACUCGUAUCCUUUUUUAUUGUUGGUAUUUGUGAGUGUGACUCAAUUUUAUUUUCUUCUAUUCUUUAACCAUUUUGUUAUUCAUCGUUAUUUUUUUCAUCAUAAUCAUCAUCACCAGCAUCAUCAUCAUCAUCAUCAUCGAAUUCAAUCGUUUGAUGAAAAAACAAAUUUCUUGAUUGUGUGUUGUGUGUGUGUGGUGUGUUUUCAAUUAGGAUUUUGUAUUGAGAAAUCCUUUUUAGUUUUAUACAACAAAUCAACAAAAAAAAUUAUUCAUCAUUGUGUAUGUUGUAUGAUUAAAAAUAAUGUUUCGAUGAGAGAUAUAUAGCCCCUUGAUCAAUCCAUAAAGGUCCAGAAUCGCGUUUUGUGUGGUAGAAUAGAAUACGAACACACAUACACACACAAAACCGACGACAGCAAUUCAGCUACAAGAAUAAUAAUAAUACAUUAUUAUACAAAUCUUGAAAAAAACCUGUACAUAUACCGAUUAAUCUCAUUAGAUUGGCACAUUUUUGUUUUCCGAUUUUCAUCUUCGAUUUGUGUGUGUGUAUCAGUGAAUUUGGGCUCUGUUCCCGAUUGUUUCUAUUUGAUUGAUUUCUACGAUCUCUUCCCUCCCCCUUUAGGAAAUUAUCAACUCUUCCUAAUUUUACUUUUUAGAUUCUUAUUAGCUAUUAUCGAAAUUGAUUUUUGUUUCAUUGGCCGAUCACGAUUUAUUGAUUGAUUCUAAUUCAAAAAUUUUAUAAAGAAACAAAUUUGAAUCAAAUCAAACAGUACAAAUAUUUCACAAACAUGGCAUUGAAGAGAAUCCGUAAAGAAUUGGAAGAUUUGAAACGUGAUCCACCGGCACAGUGUUCUGCCGGUCCAGUUGGUGAAGAUCCGUUCCAUUGGCAAGCGACCAUAAUGGGACCACCAGAUAGUCCUUAUCAAGGCGGAGUGUUUUUCCUGACGAUACACUUUCCAACAGAUUAUCCGUUUAAGCCUCCAAAAGUCUCAUUCACUACACGUAUAUAUCAUCCGAACAUAAACAGUAAUGGUUCUAUAUGUCUGGAUAUAUUACGAUCACAAUGGUCGCCGGCAUUAACAAUUUCAAAAGUUUUGCUUUCAAUUUGUUCACUAUUAUGCGAUCCAAAUCCCGAUGAUCCUUUGGUACCAGAAAUUGCUCGUAUCUACAAAACUGAUCGCGAUAAAUACAAUGAAUUUGCACGAGAAUGGACUCGAAAAUAUGCAAUGUGAUCAUGCAAGAAUAAUAAUGGUGGGGGGAUGUAUAGUGUGUGUUUGUGUUUAUGUGUAUCGAUUUAUUUCGAAUUCAAAAACGUUGCCAGGUGUGAUGCCAUUAUAUCCAAUUCGAUCUUCAACAACAGCAAAUAUUAAUAACAUCUUUGUUUCUCUUAAAUCAAUUUUGUUAAAUCAGAUGAAUUCCCUCAAACAAAACAAACAAAAAAAUUACCAUCCA